AUGGCAGCAAGCGCUGUCCCUGCUAAGUGGGGCACGGGAUUCGAGGUUGGCGCCGAACGUCAUCAGCUACAGUGCUGGGAUCAGCGCCUGCGAGAGCGGGGGGAAUUGGCAGCAGGCGCUGUCGCUGUUCUGGGAGAUGGGGGAUGCGAAGUUGCAGCCUGCCUCACCUACAGUGCUGGGAUUAGCGUGUGCGAGAAGGGUGGGCUGUGGCAGCAGGCGCUUGCGCUGCUCAGGGAGAUUGGGGAUCGCAGAUUGGCACCAGACGUUAUCAGCUACAGCGCCGGGAUCAGCGCCUGCGAGAAGGCCAGGCAGUGGCAGCGGGCGGUGUCGCUGCUCCGCGAGAUGCGCGGCGCGAGGCUGGAGCCAAACGUGAUCUCUCAGCUACAGCUCCGGGAUCAGCGCGUGCGAGAAGGGCGAGCAGUGGCAGCAGGCGCUGGCGCUGCUCCGCGAGAUGCGGGGCGCGCGGCUGGAGCCCAGCGCCACCUGCAGGCCCCCCCGCGCGUGCAAACCGGAGCCCCUGCGCCGGAGCCCCCCAGUGGCUCGUGGGCGGCACGUCGGGGCGCGGGCGUUUCGCGUGGGACCCCAUCAUUGACCUACAGCGCUGCGAUCAGCGCGUGCGAGAAAGGCGGGCUGUGGGGCACGGGCUAA